UCUGUGACGAUUUGUGGUGUGGGAAGAAAUCGGUGUUGUUCCGGCUCCCUUGUUUUUUUACUCUUUCUAACUUAUUUAAUUAAAUUUAGCCAUUUCUGGCGUUUCUACUAAGUUAUGUAAUUAACAACAGUGGAAUCUUAAAAGAUAAUCUACUCUAAUAGUACUUUUUCUUCAUAGUACAAUAGAAAUAUGAUAUUUCUCGAACGACCCAUUCCGAAGGAUUUAUAGUUAAAUAUUGAAAGAAAUGGACGGUUCAUACGACGAGAAUCUAUCAGAAAACCCAUUCUAUGCAGAGUUCAAGAACGAGUAUGGAAAUUUGUUUCAACACUGCAUUUCACAGUCAUGGAUCAUCUGCGUCCCCCGCGUGGGCUGCUCCAGCUCGCGCGUCUACACGGUGGAGGACUUCUGUGCCCACAUCCUUGUCCCAAGCGAUGAACUGCCUGAGACACACUACAACACCCUCACAGAGAAACAAGUGACAGUCGUCAAUAAAGUCAUUACCGUAGAGGUCACCAAGGGCCUUCCGCUGCAAAGCCACAUUCUCUUUGAAGAAACUUUCUACACUGAAGACUUCAUGAAAUACAAGGUAUGGUGCAUAGAGACUCCACUAGAGCCAUCAACUGCUACAGGCAGCUCAAUAGCUACUGAUUACAUCUCAUCCAUCAAUGAUUGCAUAGAUCUGCUCUGGACACAGGCGGCUGGCCGACAAGUCUUAGACCAAAUAGAGCACAGUGUCAAAGAGUUUCUGAAGAAAAAUCCUUCACUCCCACAGUCAGUUGGGCUUCUGCGUGAUGCUGUGAGUGAGCUGUACACACAGUGUCUACAAAUAGCUCUGCAAAACCGCCGGUUAAGAGAGAAAUCUAAAUCAUGUAAGCAAGUUCUUGACAAUAUUAAAAUAGCUGUUGAAUGCUAUAUGCAGCAUUUGCUGUUCAACUACAUUUUCAAACCAUUAUGUACCUGCUGUGCUUAUGAAGACUCACAUCUUAACAAAAAGAUUAGGAACUUGUCAGAUAUUCAACUGAGAGAUCUAGACAUCAGAAAGGACCUGUAUCAAACAAUACCACGGGCAAGACAGAUUCUCUCAAAGCUCAACUCAUAUACCACAGUCUUAGAAAAAGUACUAUGUCUAAAGCAGGCACUGAAUGCGAUCAACAAAGUUGAAAAAGGAGAAAAUAUCAUUCUUCUGACUGCGGAUGAUAUGUUGCCAGUGUUUGUCUUUCUUGUAAUCAAAUCAAACCUGCCUAAUUGGUUCACGCAGGUGACCUACAUGAAAGAAUUCAGGUUCAGUGGAACAACAAAGGGAGAUGGUGAUGAAUGUGCAUUCUUGAUCACCACACUAGAGGCUGUAGUACAACACAUACAGUCCGGGGCACUGGCAGGACCUCCUAACCCUGAAGCCUAUUACUAUGAGAGUGACCUUACUGAAGAAAAUCUUAAUGGAAACCAGAAGAGAAAGAAUAGCUUAACAGAAUCUCUGUCAACAUCAGACACCAAUAGCGGGGAAGAAACUCUUGAAUAUAUCUUUGAGUUGAUCAAAGCAUCUCACACUGAACAAGUAAGAACUAUCCUGGAGAGGAAUCAUAAACAUUUGAAUGGGAUUGAGCAGGGUGGAGACAAAAUGUUAAAAUUAGCCCUGGAAGGUUUAGAACUAUUUGAUGAUGAUGACAGUGAUGAGGAAGCCCAACCCAAACUCUGUCACCCAUUAUGUAACUGCAAGAGAUGCUGUAAGAAAAUCUCUAAGAAUCUCAUUAAAACUUCGCCCACAGUAACUUCUCGUGAUAACCACUGUCUGACUCCACUGCAUGUGGCUUCUAUUCAUGGCAAAGCGGCCAUUGUGGAGACCCUCAUUGACAUUGGGGCAGAAAUAGAUGCCAGUGACCUGAAUGAAUGUACUCCGUUGCAUUAUGCAGCAUCUAGGGGUCACCAGAAUGCCCUGUUACUGCUAGUGCAUUCUGGGGCAAAUAUAAAUCGUGUCAACAUUGAUAAGAAUACUCCACUGCAUAUGGCAGUAAAUAAUGGUCAUCUCAACUGUGUCAAAGCUCUCAUCUAUUUCGCUGAACACAGCAGAAAGGAUCUUAAGAUAAAUUGUGCUAAUGAUUCUGGAAAUACACCACUUCACCUGGCGUCCAAGUGGGGCUAUGAAGGAAUUGCUGAGUUGUUAAUAAAAAAUGGAGCUGAACCAUCCAUUCAAAACCGCUACAAUAAAACCCCUUUUGACUAUGCACACAACUUGAACAUACUUCAUAUACUAAAGUCAUGCACUCCCAACUUGUAUGAAUACAUUCAUAUAACGAGUUCUAACAUCAAGGCCUUGAAUUGCAAAUCAGACAAUCCGGUAGCGGCGAAGCUUCAAGUGGCAACAAACAAAACACAUGAUGUUCAGAAUGCGUCAAAAACAGUUGAAAACUUAAAAAGGAUUGAGAGAAUACUAAAAGCGAUAUCCUACGGAGACGUAAAGCUCGCCUGCUUUUACAUGAAUAUAAAUUACGUGGCAUAUGUUAGUGGAAGUAAUGAAGCAAACGGCUCGCCGUGUCACCCGCUGUGCGAAUGCUCAAGUUGCAGACAAAAAUCUGAGUCAUCGAUAUCAGAUUUUGAUGUGAACUUCUGUGAUUCUAAUGGCGUGACAGCACUACAGUUCGCAUCUCGAUAUGGACUAGAAGAACUGUGCCGUAUUUUGAUACUAAACAAAGCAGAUGUAAACUUGGCGGACAAAAAAGGCCAAACUGCAGUACACUUAUCAUCAAUAAAUAACAAGACGAUAGUGUUGCGCCUGUUAUUAGAUAAUGGCGGUAAUGUUAAUGCUAUUGAUAUGUCAGGUAACACACCAUUGCAUGAAGCGAGUCAGAUGGGAAACAUCGGCGCAGUUAAGAUAUUGUUGGCCUACAACCCCGACACAUCAAUUAUAAACACAUCUGGCAAGUCUGCUCUUGAUAUAGCUAAGGAAAAGGUUCACUUGACUAUUAUUGAUUUGAUAGAAAAAUAUAGUCAUCACGGAAACAAGGAGUUUUAGUUCAAAGUUAUUAGAAUUAGUUAUCCAAGUGCAAUUAUGUAUAAGUGCAAUAGACAUGUAAGUAGGUAUGUAUAACGUUUAUAUACAUAAGUAUAACAUUUUCUGUAGGUAUGUAGAUACCAACUGAUAAUGACAAUAUUGAUAAUUGAGUUCAAAAGAAGAUUGUAGAGGACUAGUUGAGUUGAAUUACACUACUAAAAACCGGUCUGACGGUGUGUAUUUUAGAAUUUCAGUUUACUUACAUAAUUAUGCAAAAUCUAUGCUGCAAUGAUUCACUCAUCGACCUCUAGGCAACUUUUUAUACUAUGUUUAAGUUAAUGUAGCCAGUAAUAGGAACUUAUGUAACCAACUCGUUUAUAUCUCGUUGCCUUAGUCGUCGGUAUUAUUAUUCUGUCUUUAUCUUGCCUAUCAUGUAAUGAAUAGAUGAACUGACAUUAAAGCUAAAUUCCAAAGCUACUCUACAUAUUAUGUAGACUAGUGUAGGUAUUGUGGUUGACUAGUAUGUGUGUCGGUAUUUACCGCGGUACCAGAUUCGAUUUGCCUUAUGUCUCUAGGUCACUUUUCUUAGUAACUAAAUACAUAGAAAUCUGCUUAAACUAUCUAACAUCUGAAUGAUGAAUAUGAAACUGUUAAAUAUACCUCCUACAUAUUUCCAACUUGCAUCAAACACUGCAUUUAUUUUAUGGUACAAACAUAUUAUUUGUUUAGGAAUUAUUAAUAGUUACUGGUUAUCUUAUGUAUUAACUAAUAGUUAUUUGAGAUGUGCCAUUACCGUAUAGGUAUAGGUUUAGUGCCUUUGCUUGUUUUUGUAUGAAUGUAAUUCAAUUAAUGGACCCUAAUUUUCGAAACUUACAUUGCCAAAAAACUGAUUAAGCAUUGAGAGUGCCACAUCGCAAUAUGUAAUUAAAUUAUAAAGACUGAUAAAAUUAUUUUAUAAAUACUCCUUUGUUAUUUAUGUAUGUUUGUAUUUA